AUGUCGUCUUUUGUUCAAGCAUACAAAAUCGACCAGUCCUGUGAUGCCAAAGGUGUUACGGUGGACGUCCGUAACGCGAUGACUUCGGCUUUCGAGAUGGUAUCCGCAGCAUACGAGACUCUGACGCAACCUCCCCUGAGCUCUGAUGCGCAGGACCUGGUUGGAUUCCUAUUCGCAAGGGAAGGAGCAAAUCCCGCUCAGCUUCUCCAGCAAGGCAAGCUAGAGAAGACCAUCAAAUUGUUGAGAAACAUUCGGACAUACAUGUCAACAGAGGUGACGGGCGACGCAACUGUCAGCGCUUCGGAUGUGAUUCAGCUCUGCUCAUGGUUCGUGGACUGGAUCAAACAAAAGGAGUACAAAACCGCCGACGACGUCCAAAAGCGAACAAAGAUUGGUAGAAAGAUGAUCGAUAGGGCAGCAUCGAACCGCAUGACCUUUGGCUUAGGCCUGAACCAAAUUGAUGCCUACUCCUUGUUGGACAAAGUUCUUUUGCAUGAGAUGACACAUGCUCGCGGUGCUUUCCAAGAAUGGACCAAAAAAGGUGUGGUCGAAGGCAUCAAAGACGUACUUACACCCAAUAUCAUCCUCAGGCCAUUCAACUGGGCAGCGUACGGUUGGGAGGGUGUGGGAAAGCUUGCGCGUAAAGGCGGCGAGCUUAAUACCCCCGGUGGACCAGACAAUAAUGCUGAUACAAUAGCUCUCUUCGGAAGCGGUACGUGA